AUGACAGCUCAGGUAUUCUCCCUGCCAGUAUUCCUGGUGGUGUUCCGAGAGUCCCUCGAAACCGUGAUUAUCGUCUCCGUCUUGCUGGCGUUUCUGAAGCAGACGCUGGAUGGGCCAGCAGCGAACAAGAAGGUGUACAAAAAGCUCAAACGGCAGGUGUGGUUGGGCACAGGUCUCGGAUUCUUCAUUUGUCUCGUUGUCGGCGCGGCUAUCAUUAGUACCUUCUACACAGCCGGCAAGAACACAUGGGAGAGCGGCGAAAUGAUCUACGAGGGCGCCUUCGCUCUGGUUGCCUGCCUUAUCAUCACCGUCGUCGGUGCCGCCCUCUUGCGCAUUGGCAAAAUGCAGGAGAAAUGGCGCGUCAAGAUUGCGGCGGCUGUCGAAGGCCCGGUGAUCUCCCAUGUCAGUUUCAGCGGCCGGAUCAAGCAUAACCUCGAGAAAUACGCCAUGUUCAUCUUGCCAUUCAUCACGGUGCUGCGUGAAGGCGUCGAGGCUAUCAUCUUCGUGGCCGGCGUCUCGUUCUCGGCGCCGGCGACCGCUGUUCCUCUUCCUGUGGUCGUUGGACUGCUUGCGGGCGCUCUUGUAGGCUACCUCUUGUAUAAGGGAGGUUCCACGGCGAAACUCCAGCUGUUCUUGAUUGCCUCAACGUGUCUGCUGUACCUCGUUGCCGCCGGGCUCAUGUCCCGCGCUGUCUGGUCAUUUGAAGCGCACGCUUGGUCCAAGGCCAUUGGAGCCGGAGAUGCCGACGAGCUAGGCGACGGGCCUGGAUCCUACGAUAUUACCAAGAGUGUCUGGCAUGUCAACUGCUGCAACCCGCAAACCAAUGGCGGCUCAGGUUGGGGCGUUUUCAACGCCAUCCUGGGCUGGACCAACUCCGCUACUUAUGGUUCUGUCAUAUCCUACAAUCUGUAUUGGCUUUUUGUGAUUGUCGGCUUCAUCACCAUGAGGUAUCAGGAAGUUCAUGGUCAUUGGCCGCUUAUGAAGUCCAGAGCGGACACACCGACAGACGCCAGCAGUCAGAGAAGCGAGCAAGAAAACGAGACACCCGCUCCGGCGGCCAGAAAGACAGUAGCGGCAGAGAAGGCCGUCGAGGUGCGCGGGUAG